AUGGGCUCUAUUCCAACCUCCCACGACGUCGUCUCAUUUGCUCUGGAUUUCCAGGCCAGAUAUGACCCUUCUGAGGCACUUCUUAUUGAUUGUCAUGAGCCAAAUCAAACCAUCAAUGGAACCCAGCUGAGACUUCUUGUCCACACCUUGAUUGCUGGGUUCAAGGCUCACGGAAUGAAGAAAGGCGAUUGUGUCUUGCUCAAUUUGCGAAACAAUGUGUUUUAUUCCCGUGCCGACAUUUCGCCAUAUUUCACUUCGCUCACUCAUGUCGCAGGGGCAGGCGGCGUGUACAUCGGCGCCAGUCCGCGCAGCGUACCCGAUGAGCUAGAGCAUGUCAUAAAUGUAGCCCGUCCUGUGCUCAUUAUCACCGAGCCCGAUGCUCUCCCAACUGUUCUUGCUGUCUCCAGGAAGAAGAGCAUCCCGCCCCAUCAGCUCUUGCUACUUGACGAUCUAGCUUUUGAGGCAACAAUUACUCUUAAACAGCAGGACCAGCAAUACGCUCCAGCUCCAGCUCCAUUGCUCGCCGAUCUGACCACCACGACAGAAGCAAGCUCUUUCACCCUCCUCCUCGGCCACGGCUCCGCAGAACCCAUCUUCAUCUCAGACCUUGCAACCGCUAACUCCACCCCGGCAGCCAUGUACUCAACCAGUGGCACAACAGGCCUCCCGAAGGCAACCACCUUCACCCACGGUGCUCUUAUCGCCGGUCAUCUUUCCGCGGCGGCCAAUCCUCCAUCGUACGAAGUCCAGCGGCUAAUCUGUCUUCCUAUGUAUCACCUCUUUGGAUCCUUCUGGUCGCACCUCUUCCCCAUCCGUUAUGGAAACACCCUGUACAUUGCGCGCGAGUUCCAGCUUCCCCUCUUUUUAGACGCAAUCCGCCAGCAUAACAUCAGCGACACGCUUCUUGUCCCUGCGAUGGUGCACAGCAUAAUUCAGGCGCCUGCCUCAUUGGACCCGAAAUCCGCGCUGACUUCCAUCCGCUACGUGGCUGUUUCCGGCGCACCCAUUGACCGCGCUUGUAUGGGUCAGCUCCAGGAUUUGUUACAUUCCGAUGGCUGUGUGGGCCAAAUCUGGGGUAUGACGGAGACUGGGCCGGUAUUUCAAAAUCGGUACCCCACUGGCGGGGAUAGAGCAGAGCAGGGUGAUCUCGGUGCCAUUGGAUCCGUUUUGCCGGGGUGGGAGGUUGAUCUUCGGACUCCUAUUGAAGGGCCUGGUGUGAAUGAGGAUGAAGAUCAACGGGCACAGCAGCACCCGGUUGAAGUGGUUGAUGCGGCUGCACCACCGGGUCGGUUGUAUGUGCGUGGUGCGGGCUUGUUCAAUGGGUAUUUGGGAAAUAGUGAGGCGGUGGCCGAUGACCAGGGGUGGUUCAGUACUGGUGACAUAGCAUAUGUCAACAAACGCGGACAGUACUUCAUUGUUGGUCGAACAAAGGAGUUGAUCAAAGUGCGAGGAGCCUCGGUGUCGCCUGCAGAAAUCGAGGCCGUUCUGCUAAAGCAUCCGCUCAUUGCAGAUGCUGCGGUGACGGGAGUCAAGCUUCCCGGUGGGAGAGACGAGGCGCCUCGUGCAUAUGUGGUGCGUUCCGCGGAAGCGUCUGGGAAGCUUACUGCGAAUGAUGUGUAUGAAUUUGCGCAGCAGCGGCUGGCAUCGUACAAAGCUUUGGAUGGAGGGGUUCACUUUGUGGAGAGUAUUCCCCGUACGGUGAGCGGAAAGGUGCAGAGAGGGAAAUUAGCGGGCAUGAAUGAUCGAAGAGAUGCUCUGGCUGAAUUGUUGAAGAGGCUGAAGGCUAAGUGA